CCAUGAAGCUCGCUUUCUUUCUCACCCUCGUCAGCUUCGGCGCUUCUGUUCUGGCAGCAUCUGCCGCCGACUGGCGUUCCAACACUACAGCCCCCUGUAACCCGGUCGGUAAAUACUGCGGCGGCACUUACCAAGGAAUCAUCAAGCAACUGGACUACAUUCAGAACAUGGGAUUCACUGCUAUCUGGAUCUCCCCUAUCACAUAUCAAAUCCAGACCUGGACGCCCUAUGGUGAACCAUGGCAUGGCUACUGGCAGCAAGAUCUGUACAAGCUCAACAGUGCUUUCGGCACUGCAGACGAUCUUAAGGCUUUAGCCACGGCUUUACACAACAGAGGCAUGUAUCUCAUGGUUGACAUUGUAGUCAACCACAACGGCUGGAACGGGAACGCGACUUCAGUCGACUACAGCAUGUUCAAGCCUUUCGAGAAUGUUGAGUACUACCACAACUUUUGUAACAUCGACUACAGCAACAACACCAGCAUUCAGGACUGCUGGUUGGGCGACUCGAACGUAGAGCUUGUCGAUCUUCGAACAGAAGAUACUGCAGUCGCAACAGAAUACCAGACAUGGAUUCAGCAGCUGGUCGCCAACUACUCCAGUAAGUCAGCGUGGACAUCGAACUUGAAUACUGGCUUACGCUCUACCANNGUUGAUGGUCUCCGUAUCGAUACAGUCAAGCAUGUUGAUACUUCAUUUUGGUCGGGAUUCGAUGAGGCCGCUGGCGUUUUCAUGACCGGCGAAGUGACCAACGGCGACCCAUACGGCCUCUGCCCUUACCAGAACUACAUGGAUAGUGUUCUCAACUACGCCAUGUACGUGCGAAAGUUUGCGUAUAACUUCUCCUUGCUUACAUCGUGCUCAGGUNACUACGCAGCCACGGAUGCAUUCUCCUCAACUGCUGGAAGCAUGUCCAAGUUCGUCAGUCAGCUCAAUGGCAUGAAGAGCCAAUGCAAAGACACUAGCGUCCUUGGAUCAUUCUCGGAAAACCACGACCAGCCUCGCUUUGCAUCUCUGACCAACGACAUGUCACUGGCUAAGAACAUCAUUACCUACACAAUCAUGAGCGACGGAAUUCCCAUCAUGUACGAAGGCCAGGAACAGCAUUACAGCGGCGCUCAGGAUCCCUACAAUCGUGAAGCUGUUUGGCUGAGUCAAUACAACACUGGUGCGCCUCUCUAUACUCACACGGCAAGCGUGAAUCAGAUUCGCAACCAUGCGCUCUACGUCGAUGGAGACUGGCUCACCUACCAGAACUGGGUUAUCUACAGCGACAGCGCCAAUGUUGCCAUGCGCAAAGGAGAGGAUGGUUACCAGAGCAUCACAAUUCUGACCAAUAACGGAGCCAGCAGUGCCAAUUAUACCCUCAACAUCAACAAUACUGGAUAUGAUGCUGGCACUAAGGUUGUGGACGUCUUGUCCUGCGAAGGAUUGAAUGCAGGAUCAGAUGGCACCCUUACGGUGCCUAUGUCGCAAGGUCUUCCCAAGAUCUACUAUCCUGUGGAGCUUUUGGAUUGCAGUGGCAUCUGCGGAUAC